AUGACGAAGAGGAAGGCCCAAGAGGCCUCUGCUGCUUCCGGCUCUAAAAGGCCCAAAGUAGAGAACCUAGAAGACAUUGCCCCCAGCGACGACGACUACGACGAUACCGCCAGCAACUCCGGCUCGACUGCGAACGCAGAGGUAGAGUCCGUCCAGACCGGCCAGACCUCCCUUACCACUCGCUCCCGCAAAUUUCCCUCCGACCUCAAAACGAUUCCCUGCACCUAUCCGGACUGCAACAAGACCUUCAACCGACCGGCUCGCCUGGCCGCCCACCUCCGCUCUCAUACGGACGACCGACCCUUCAAGUGUACCUACCCCGGGUGCGACAAGGACUACCGCGAAGAGAAGCACCUCCGCCAGCACGUCAAGGGUUCCCACACCCAGGAGCGGGCCUACACCUGCACCCAUGAGGGCUGCGGCAAAUCAUUCCUCACGGCGACCCGCCUGCGCCGCCACCAGGACGUGCACGCCGGCCAGGAGCGCUUCCGCUGCCGCGAUUUCCCUCCCUGCAACCAGAGUUUCCGCAAGCACAACACCCUUCAGCGACACAUCCGCUCCGAACACCUCGGUGCCCACGCCUACCCGUGCACGGUGCCCAGCUGCGGCGCAGGCUUCGACUCCCAGGGUGCGCUACGGAACCACACGCGCCGCGAGCACAGCGAGCCGCAGUUCUGGUGCGAGGAGUGCGGCAAUGACGACGAAAACGCCAGGGUCGGGUUCACGACCCUCGCGCUGCUGCAAGCGCACAUCCGCAAGGAGCACCUCAACUGCAUAUUUUGCGAGUUCAAGUGCACAGGGCAGUGGGAGCUGGAGCGGCAUGUCGAGAUGCGCCACUCUGGCAUUCCUGUUGAUGCGCGCAAGACGAUCCCCUGCACACGGGAGGGUUGUGAAAAGAAGUUCACCAAGAAAUACAACCUCACGGUGCACAUCCGCACGGCGCAUGAGGGUUUCCGCUUCGUCUGCGGUGAGGUCGACGUCAAGGGCUCCCCCGACCUCGAGAGCUGGUCGAACGAGCAGGGCUGCGGCGGAGGCUUCGUCACCAAAGCAAACCUCGAGGACCACAUCCGCUACGUCCACCUGGGCUUGGAGCGCCCCGUGCCGAACCAGAAAGCCCCCAACCUCAUCGACGAUAUCGCCGGCACGAAGCGGACCGUCCUAUGCACCAUGCCAGGCUGUACGGCACGCUUCAUCCGCCACCACGAUCUCCAGGUCCAUCUCGAGCAGCACCCACCGCCCUCCCCGACCGCUCCGCACAUGGACCAGAUCGAGGCCGCCAUCCUCAGCCUGGCGGACGACCCUGAUGCCAACAGCGUACCGUUCGAUGGCGAUCGUGAGAUGCCGGAGCUGCCGCUGUACGGCAUCAUCCCCGGCGUGACGGACUUCGCGGGCGUCGGCGACGGCGGCGACGGUCCCGGUCCGAGCGACGACUUCUGGAUUGGCGCGGCCGACGAGUUCGGCACGCCGCCGCAGGCGUGGCAGCAGGAGGAGGCGGCCAUGCGCGCGCUCAUUGACGAGAACUUUUCGCAGUUUGUCGACCCGGCACUCGGAACCACGGCCUAA